AUGACAUUUUAAGUGCUCUAUCAAUUUGAAAUCCUUGAACAAAAGAAAUUAAUAAAGUUGAGUUAAUUAUAAAAGAAGAGAUCUUAAUUUGAACAUAAAUUAUUGACAUCAUUAAUAUUAAUUUAAAAGUACAUAUUAUAAAAAAUAAUGGGGAUUAAAUGUUCUAAACGCAAAAACAGGUCUUUUCAAAAUGAAAUUAUUUAAGCUUAACCUAUUCAAAUAAGCUAAACUACUUCGAAGGAAGCAUUAGCAUUUUGUGAUUCCUAAGAUUUAGCAAAUUUUAUGAGAACUAAGCCAGCCAAGUCUUAUUUAUAAGAAGUUAUUUAGAAGUAAUAAAUCUAUUUUGAUUCUUGCGAUUAAUUGACUCAUCUCAUUGAAGGGAAAUCUGAAAUUCUGUUAAGGUGUUAUAAUGAUUUUACUGAAAAAGCCUUAAAAAUUAAACUCAUGGUUCUAAAGUACUAUAAGGAGAAUUUUUUGGUUUAUUAGGAAUAAGAACCCGGAUGUAUUGUAAAUAAAGAUUAAAUAACAAAUGAAACAAUGCAAGUAUGAUAUCUGAUUUGCAUGAUAAGAUACUCAUUGAGACUAACAUUAUCUUAAAUUGUUUGAUGGAUAAAAAUUUUGAUGUUGAAUAGGAAUUAUGGUGGGGAAAUGAUUAUUUUAAAGAUAGAAGAAUAAGUCUUGGUGAGAUUGGGGAUGAUAAAAUAUAAAAUGACCAAAUUGUUUAACCUAUUGUUCAAUAUUUAUAAGCAUUAAAAAAUAAAGUUACAUAAUCUAUACCAAUAAAUUAAUAAUACUAAAAUCCUUUUCAGUAGAAUUAAUCUGUUGUAAAUAGUACAGCAAUAGCUCAAGUUCAUUUGACUAAAUUUUAUAAUGAUCUUAAAUUAGAAUUUGCAAAAGAUGCUGGUGAAGAAUAGAUUGUUUCUUGA